AUGGGAGUCCGCUCCUUCGACAAUACCCGUGGGGAGAUUAUUAUCUUCCACACCCCCUUGACCCUCAUCGUCGGAUUCAAUGGCUCUGGCAAGACCACUAUCAUCGAAUGCCUCAAGUAUGCCACCACCGGUCAACAACCCCCCAAUAGCGUCAAAGGUGCCUUUAUUCAUGACCCCAAGCUCUGCGGCGAAAAGGAGGUUAUGGCACAAGUUAAGCUACGAUUGAAGGACACCCAAGGAAACAAAGUCGUUGUCACAAGAAGUGUAUCGCUCACUUCUCAGAGAGGAGGAGCAUAUAAGAUGACAACUCUCGACGGCAAUCUCCUCAUCGACAAAAAUGGCGAACGGACUUCAACCUCCAACAAAGUGGCCGGAAUGAAUGAGGCUAUGCUCGAUUUCCUUGGGGUAUCCCCAGCAAUCUUGGACAACGUCAUCUUCUGCCACCAAGAUGAUUCGCUGUGGCCAAUGAGCGAUCCUUUGUCCCUGAAGAAGAAGUUCGACUUGAUAUUCGAUGCCUCGAAAUACACAAAGGUCAUCGACAAUCUCAAGGUUGUACGGAAGAAGUAUAUGGAGGAUGUGAGGCUUCUCGAGCAGACCGAAAGAACCGAAAAGGUCAACAAGGAAAAGGGCGAGAGGUUGGUAAAGAAGACCGACGUACUCCAGGAAGUGGUGGGUGAACUUGUAAAGGAACUCGCGGUUCUCGAUCAAGAAAUAAAGGAUGCUGGGGCGGUUGCGAUGCAGAAGCGCAAGGAUGCAAAGAAGGCUUCCACUGCUGUUGAGGAUCUAAAAGCGAAGACUCAAAAGGCAGAAGGUGUACAGGAGAGCAUUGACAGCCUAAAGAGUUAUAUGGCUGAACUCCAAGACUCGGACGAAUGGCUAGAGUCUACCAUUGCACAGUACAGCGAACGAAUGGCUGAAUAUGAGGAGGAGCAGAAUGGUUGUACUGUGGAGUAUUCCGAACUUAAAAGUUUCGUCAAGGAUCUUGGGCGGCAAAUGUCUCAAAAGCAGGCGGAGCAGGGUCAACAUCAAGCUCAGAAGGAACAACAUGAGAGAAACCUCGAGAAUCGAGUACAACUCAUCAAGGAAUCUGCUCGCCGCCAUGGUGUGAGGGGAUAUGAGGGUGAUGUUGACUCGGACCAGAUUCAGGACUUCAUCUCGCGGAUAGUCAAGGCUUCCAAAGACAAGGAUCGAGAGCUAGAGCGAAUCAGAAAGAUCACCAGCGACGAAAUGGACGAAGCACAGGCCGCCAUCAACGAUCUUGAGCAACGUCGGAAUACUCAAACUCAAUCCAAAAUCUUCUCUCGACAAACCAUUGGAAAGAAUGAGACGGAAACUAAUGCGAAGCAGAAAUCGAUGGGCACUAUCAAGAUGGACGAAGGCACAAAGGCCGGACUUGUAACCUCACGAAAUGAUGUUCAGGAACGACUUCAAAAAAUGGAUGCCGACUAUGAAGCUGCAGCUUGGGAUCAGAAUCUGAAAAAGGGGCACACCAGCCUUGCAGAGUUGAAGGAGGAGUCAAGAAAGCUCGUCGAUGAGAUUACCCAAGUCACCAACCAAUCCAGCGCUCGGGCUCAACUUGAUCUGGCCAAGAAGAAUGCCAAGCAACAACAGUCGAGUCUUGACACCAUGAAGGCUACUCACAACGGCGAUUUGGUGUCGGUAGUUGGUACGGACUGGCGUGUUGACACUUUGGAGCGUGAGUUCUACACUGUCGUUGAGCAACGAGCUCGAGAUGUUGCAGAUGCCAAGAAGCAGCACGAAGGAGUCAAGGAUGAGUACAACAGAAUUGACUACCAGCUGAAGCAAGCCCGCGAGGACUUGAAGAAGAACAAGGAAACAAUGCAGCAAUGCGAGACUGCAGUAUUAGCGUCCAUUACCACUUCUGACGAUAAAUCCCUUACCAGUGUCGAAGACUACCAGACUGAGCUCGAGAGCCUGGAAAGCGAGCGCGAUGACUUCAAGACGCAAGUUGAUGGCGCGGAUUUCGCCACGAAAUAUUUCAAAGAAUGUCUUGGGUAUCUAAACAAAAACAACGCCUGUAGACUCUGCACUCGAAAGUUUGCCGAUCAGAAGGAACAAUCGACAGCUAUGCAAAAGAUUAACGCUCGUCUCACCAAACUUGCGGAGGACGAGCUUCAAAAAGAGCUUGAUAGCCUCGAGGAAGAUCUUCGCAAGGCAAACUCGGCGCGAUCACAAUAUGAGAAAUACAAUACCCUCAAGGCCGAAUUGCCAUCGCUUGAGAUGGAGGUGCAGAAGCUUGACAAUGCAAAGGCAGUUGCUCUUACACGGCUCGAAAAGCAUGAUAGCGUGGUGAGCGUGGCAGAGUCAACGAAGAGAGACAUCGAGGCACUCACCGAGACUGUUCGUGCCAUCUCUCUAUGCAGCAGCGAGAUUGUCAAGCAUGAAAGUGAUGUGACGAGACUUUCCUCGCAGCAAUCUCUGUCUGGGGGUACUCGAAGUACAGAUGAGAUCCAGCAGCAGAUGGCAGCUUGUGACGAGCAAAUUCGAGCACUUGAAGCCAAAAUCGAAAAGAUGUCUAGUAACAAAGAGAAAGCCAAGACCGCUAGGAUUGAUCUCGAGAGAGAAUCAGAUGCCCUUUCUAGCAAGAUCACUUCCGCCGACCACCUUCUCGAGAACAAGCGCGGCCUGCUUUCCAGAAUCGAGGAACUCCGUGAGAGUACCACCCAACUUCGUGAAUCCAUUCAACAAGCUGAUUCUGAGCUUGGACUUUUGGGCCCCCAAAUUGACAAGGCAACAGCUCAACUCAAGAAGGUGCAGGCACGUGGUCGUACCAAGGAAAACGAGGUUCAGACUGACAAGAAUGCUCUAUCUGAGACUGUGAGCAAGAUUGACAUGAUUGAAGGCAAUGUCAACCAAUACAUCGACGCGGGCGGUCCAGGAAAACUUGCAUCUUGUCAACGCGAGAUCAAGGCCAUCGAGCAAGAACAGAAUCGGGUUGAGAGCGAUUUAGUCAAGGUCACCGAGAGAGCUAAUAAGCUAAAAGACCUACUCAGUGACAGCGAAAAUACCUUGAGAAGCAUGAAGGACAAUGUGAGAUACCGCAAGUUUCUUCAACAACUCAAGGUGCUGCAGAAUGAGAUUGGAGAAUUGGAGUUGCGCAACGUCGCAGAUGAUUGGGAGCAGCUUGAGCAUGAAGCUGUCAGAGCUGAGAAGAUGUAUCAGAAUCUUAUUGCUAAGCGAGGCCCGGUCUUUGGUGAGAUCAAGUCUAAGGAUGAGGAGUUGAGGAAGUACUUGACGGAAUGGGAUACCGACUACAAAGAUGCUGCUGUGCGAUAUCGUCAGGCUCUUGUGAACUUGACAAGCACAAAAGCUGUUACCGAUGACGUUGCCAAGUUACACAAGGCAGUCGACCAGGCGAUUAUGAAGUACCAUAGCAUGAAGAUGGAGGAGAUCAAUGCAAUUGCGAGUGACCUCUGGCAAAAGACAUACCAAGGUACUGACAUUGACACAAUCAUGAUUCGCUCUGAUGACGAUGAGGAGUCGACAGUCGCGCGAAAUUCCUACAAGUACCGCGUGGUGAUGGUUAAGCAGGACACAGAGAUGGAUAUGCGUGGUCGAUGUAGUGCCGGGCAAAAGGUGCUUGCAUGUAUUAUCAUUCGUUUGGCACUUGCAGAAUGUUUUGGAGUCAACUGUGGAAUUAUUGCGCUCGACGAACCUACUACGAACCUCGACCAGGACAAUAUCCAGGCUCUGGCUAAGGCUUUGCAUGGAAUCAUCGAGGCUCGCAAGCACCAAGCCAACUUCCAACUCAUCAUCAUCACUCACGAUGAGGAGUUCUUGAAGCAUGUGCAUUGUAAUGACUUUACUGAGCACUAUUACCGUGUUAGUAGAGAUGACAGGCAGAAGAGUGUGAUUGAGAGACAGCCUAUUACUGAUAUUAUGGCAUCUUGA